AUGGGAAUUUUUAAUAAUGUUAAACAAAGAAACCAAUCAGAAAGCAUCAGUAAGAUCAAAUUUGAUCUUGACCUGACUGACUAUGCAAGUAUAAGUCAAUUUAAAAAACUUAAACAGGAAAUGGAAUCGUAUCUUAAUAGAAACUCAAUAGAAAACAAUAAAAUGAAUAAACCGUUAGAUAUGGGUGGCAAUGAAAUAAUCAAUUUAGGAAGUCCUGACAAACCAAAUGAUGCAGUUUCAAGGAGAUUUGUUUAUAGAAAAGUUCAAGAUUUAGUUUCAAAUUAUAACCUUGGAUCUAUCAAAGAAAUACAGAAGUUACUACAAACUGAACGCGAUAAUAUCGAACAACUAAAAAAAGACCUUGAUCAGAAUUCGCGUACAAUAAUUGAUUUACAUAUCAAAAUUGGUGAUGAAAUAUCAAAAAUAUCAAAAGCACUCGACGAAUCAGAUGAACACACCAAACAAGAAUUAGCUAAAAACAUUAGUAUUGUUCAAGAACAGAUAAAAGAAUUAACGGAAAAUAUGAUUAAACACGAUGAAUUGAAAAAGAGUAUUACCGAAGCUGAAAACAAAUUAAAGAAUAUGUAUAAAUUAGAAAUCAGGACAGAAAUAAACAACCUUAAUGAUGCAACAGCGAAAAGAAAUAAAGACCUAUUGGAUAACUUUUUAAGUAAAUUUGCUGAAUACAAAGCCGAGCUAGAAAAGUCUGCUUCUACAAGAAGUGAUGGUCAAGAUUUUAAACUAGAUGAUCUUAAAAAGACCAUGGAACAUUUUAAAAGCCAACUUCAAAAUGUAGUUGAUAGUGUUGAUAAGCGCCAUAGUGAAAAUUAUAAAUCACUGUUUGAUUUAACAAAAAUCUUGGAAGACAAUAUUAAUAAUUUGGACACUAAAAUUACGGAAAUUGAAAAAAAUAUAAAUUCUUUGGGAGAGUCUCUGGGUGAAAUAAAAACAGACACAACAAAGAGACUCGAUGAUCUAGAUGUUGUUACUACAAAGAGACUCGAUGAUCUAGCUGAAGUGAUUCUUAAAUUUAAGAAAGGAUAUAAAAAGUUAGAAAAAAGAAUUACAACAGUAAGCCGUGAAGUGUUUCUUUUUGGAUAUUAUAAUAACAAACAACUGCAUGCGAGUAUGGAUUAUAUAAAUAUCGGGGGUGACAUGAUGGAAGUUUAUGAUUUUAAAGAUAAACAAUUAGCAAGAACUAUAGAGGGCAGUAAAAAUUUCUUCAUAAUGUUCGGAAUAAUAGCUAGCAGGAUUAUAGAUUACAAAAAUUUCAUAGCAUUAAAUCCCGAUAAUAAAUCAGAAGACAUACUUGAAAUUUUAGAGGACGGAGAGGUAGCUAUGGUAAAGGCCAGGGGUGAAUAUAAAAAAACUGUUAGAAAAAAGAAAUUCCUUUAUGACAAAGAUCAGUCUAAAAAACUUGAAAAUGAACGUAUUUUGAAUGCUAAAGCAUACUGGAAGAUGCUCAGAGGUUACUUUCCGGAACAAUGGACCGAAGGCUUUAUAGUACCGCUUCAUAAAAAGGGUGACAUUAAUGACCCAAGUAACUAUAGAGGAAUUACUUUACUAAGUUCUUUUGAUGAUAUCGUUAUUCUAUCUGAAACAGAAGAAGGCUUACAUAAAGGUUUAUUGUUAUUGGAGAAUUAUUGUGAUAAGUGGAGAUUAACUAGAGUUACAG